UGUAAUUGCUAUCAUUUCUUCUGUGCUCACUUCUAUCCAGGUCUUAGUGGAUGGAUCACUGCUGUUCAGUAUAUUGAACUCUUUGGAAUUAAUACAGAAGAUCUCUUUUUUCCAGAGCUUUACAAUGAUGGGCUUUGAAUUGGAUGACAGCUUAAAGACAUAUAAUCCAGGCAAAGAAAGUCACCGGACUGUCCUGUGGUUAAAAGAGAGACCCUUCAGAGCGGCUGCAGUCUGUCUUGGCGUGUUAUGUGUUGUACUUCUGACUGGGAUCAUCAUCGUAGCCGGCCAACAUAACCAUGCGGCAGUGGAACAACCUACCCCUAGCUGUAACCUGAUUGGAGAGCAAGUCCAGCUAGGGACCAUAUGCAACCUGACUGAUUUGAGACGUGAACAGACAAGGAAUAAAAAUGUGACUAAGGAGAAAGACCAGCUAAGGAUUACUUGCACCAACCUGAUCCAAGAGCAAGACUUCUUCGGAACCAGUAACAAAUACCUGACUAAGGAAAUGAACCAGUUACAGACCAUUAACAAUAACCUGACUCAAGAGAGAGACCUCCUACAAACCUCCAACAAUAACCUGUCUGAGGAAAUGUACCAGUUGCAGACCAUUAACAAUAACCUGACUCAAGAGAGAGACCUCCUACAGACCAGUAACAAAUACCUGACUAAGGAAAUGAACCAGUUACAGACCAUUAACAAUAACCUGACUCAAGAGAGAGACCUCCUACAAACCUCCAACAAUAACCUGUCUGAGGAAAUGUACCAGUUGCAGACCAUUAACAACAACGUGACCCUGGAGAGAGACCAGCUGAAAGAGCUCCAAAGGUUGAGUGACGGGGGAGGUUGUUUGGUGGGAUGGCAGCCUCAUGGUGGCAGUUGCUACUUUCUGUCUGCUGAAAAGAAAUCUUGGAUGGCCAGCCGGAAGGACUGCCAGGACAAAGAAGCUGAUCUGGUCAUCAUCCACAGCGAGGAGGAACAGAAUUUCAUCAACAUUUUCGGUUGGGUUAGGUCCGUCUGGAUUGGUCUGCAUGACAUGGAAUCCGAAUCGGAGUGGAAGUGGGUAGAUGGAUCACCCAUGAACCUGAGUUUAUGGAAUCCUGGUGAACCCAACAAUGAUUGGAAUGAAGACUGCGCAGAGUUGAUGCCAGAGUCAAAAACCUGGAAUGAUCUCCCUUGUUCCUUGGAAAGGCACUGGGUUUGCAAGCAGCAAAUUCUGUUAAAAUAAAUUGACAACCAGAGAUCAAAACCUCUAUGAAAUGAAGAUUGCAUUGGAGACAAAUUCCAUAGAUAUGUUAUAAUAUGAGUAUAAUUCAUUUCCUAUUCUUUACUUUUGUUGUUAAUUUCUACCACAGGAUUAGAUGGUUCCAGUUAGGCAAAACCACUUCAGAUCAACUGUGGCUCUCAUCCUGAUCAAUAGGCCCUGUGCCUGAUCACAUGGGCACAGGGCCUGCCUCGGAUUUUCAAUUUGGAUGGGAAAUUACUUAAAUCUCACACACAAGGACACACACAUGCACAUAGGCACACACACCCACACACCCAAACUCCCACCCUAUUGGGUAGAGAGAUAUUGCUCCCCACUUAUGUAAAUUGUUCAAUGUAUCUUGUUCUUGUGUUUUUUAUGAUUGUUGAUUAUGUUUUCUGUUUUUAAACUGCCCUGUAA